AUGCCGACCUCCUCCACCCAAAUGCCACCCCUUGACUCUAUCAACUCCACCGAGGAACCUAACUACAACAUCAACUUGUUCUCCAAGUUCCUCAACUCAGACAAACAACUGUUCACAGAUUUUUAUAACCUGUGGAUUGUCCUGAUGGUAGUCAAUGCCAUCAUUUUCCUGGUGGGUGUUGUGCUGAACAGCUUGGCGCUGUAUGUCUUCUGCUUCCGUACCAAGACAAAAACCACCUCUGUUAUUUACACCAUCAACUUGAUCGUGACUGAUCUCCUGGUGGGCUUUUCCUUGCCUGUCCGGAUCAUCAUGUUCUACAGUUCAGGGGAUUGCAAGAAUUGUUCCUUGGUUCACAUCUUUGGCUACUUUGUCAACAUGUACUGCAGCAUCCUCUUCCUGACGUGCAUCUGCGUUGACCGCUACCUGGCAAUAGUGCAGGUGGAAGCCUCACGUAAAUGGAGGAACCCCACCUGUGCCAAGGGGAUCUGCAUCUUCAUUUGGAUCUUUGCCACCGUGGUGACAUUCUCCAUCCUGACCAUGGCGAUACGGUUUGCUGAGUGCUGCCUCUCCAAGAUCCUGGUCCUGAUGGUCUGCGAGUACUUCUUCCCCCUCAUCAUAAUCAUCUUCUUCACCACCAGGAUUAUGUGUGCCCUGUCCAAGCCCAGUCUCAUGCACCAGAGUAGGGAGAGGAGAAUGAGGGCUGUGCAGCUCCUUAUCACCGUCCUCAUCAUCUUCAUGAUCUGCUUCACUCCUUUCCACGUGCUACAGGUCGCAAUCUCCAUCAACCCAGACAUGCCCCACAACGUCAGCCUCCUCGUCUACCACGUGACAGUGACUCUGAGCAGCCUCAAUAGCUGCAUGGACCCCAUUGUCUAUUGCUUUGUCACCAAUAACUUCCAGUCAACCAUGAAAAACAUCUUCAGGAAAGCCGAACCAGAGCAAACUAAUGCAGACAUCCUGGGUAUGAACAAGAACUCCAAGGGCUCCAAUGCAAACAUCGCCUUCUCAAACACAAUAGGAAGUCCUCUGAGCUUGCCAUCACCAAGCAGUGUUCAGAUAUAA